CUCGAUAUCUCGUCCCGCAAUUUAUCCCAUUUUCCAGCUUUACCGGCGCAAUUCAAUGGAUUGGUGGAGUUGCAUUUGGUGAAUAAUUGGAUCACGGCGAUCCCCGGGAGUAUUCUGGGCCGGUUGGAGCGGCUGCAGGUGCUGGAUCUGAGUCAGAAUUUGUUGGCGCAGUUGCCGGCGGAGAUUGGAGGGCUGAGGGAGCUGAGGGAGGUUUAUGUGAGGGAGAAUAGAUUGGUUGGUUUGCCCGUGGAACUGGCGGAUGCCGGGAGAUUGAGGGUUUGUGAUUUUGGGAGGAAUCGGAUUACUGACAUUGGUAAUGUUUGCUACCCUCUUCAUUCAUUACAAGGGAAGACGGGGGAAACUGACGCUAACAUUCCUUGA